GGACAGCAACAGAUGUACAAGCUAGACAUAGGCUGGCCUAAAAUUCCAGAAUAUUUCACUGGUCAAACGUUUUGUGUUGCUGUUGACUCUUUUCACGGUUUGGUCUAUGUGGGACAAAGGGGAGAUAAUGUACCAAAGGUACUUGUAUUCUCAGAGGAAGGCUAUUUUCUUUACUCCUGGAAUAAUACAGUUGAAAUGCCUCAUGGUAUCUUUGUAUUGAACACCGCAACAGAUAGUUCAGUAUGGAUCACAGAUGUUGGAACAGGGGAAUAUGGGCACACUGUGAAACAGUAUAGCCCUUCAGGUAAACUUAUGCAGAUCUUGGGCACGCCAGGUAAUGCUGGUUCAAGUUUGAUUCCCCUACAAUUUGACCAACCAGCAGAGAUCUUUGUCGAGGAAACUGGAGAUAUCUAUGUUGUGGAUGGAGAUGGAGGAAUGAAUAACAGAUUGCUCAAACUAUCCAACG